AACACUGAUGAGUAGAAUUUGAUGUUUAUUAAGGUGUUUUUUUUUUUUUUUUGACUUUCUGGUAAAAUUCACCUAGUCUCAAUCAAGGCCUAUAUGUCAUAAGGCUUUGUUAUGAUUAGCUUUGCAGAACCUUGUAGUUUAUAGUGUUGUUGAGUACAAUAUUGACAAUUCCUAAGACAGACUUCCAUACAGAAGUGCCUGUCAAUUUAUAUUUCCUCCUGGGUGGUCACAUAUUGAAACUCCAGCCCCUUAAUCAACCCUCUUGUUCUGAAGGCAGGUCUGGUAAGAAUAGGUAAGUAUCAGAAAGAAAUGGCCUCUGGAAAUACAACCCAAAUCCAAGAUACUCAAUGCAGUUCUUCCCAAGGAGAAGGGCAAUAGGCCUUUUUCAAACUACAUUUUAUAUAUUUUUCAAUCUACACUUUGUGGUGAUAGUUGCAGUUUAAUAUGCUAAGUUUUUCAUUAAUAUUGAAUUAACAAUUUAUUUAUAACAAUGUAUGCUUAGAUUUUUCGAGCUCUAUUUAUACCUGAUAACACUGCAGCAUCCUUUUUGCAUACAAUUCUUUAAUUUCACACUACUAUGUGGAAGAUAUAGCAUUUUAAUUUAACUUUCAUUGCUCAAUAGGGAUCCUGAGAAGGCUAUAGAGGGUGAAAUUAAGAACAUUUGGGAUUCUGCUUUUGUCUUUUUUGUUAAAUUUUCUAAUGACUAAGGCUGAAAGUAAAUAUGGGUUGGGAAGACAGAUAAAUUUGUACAUGUUCCCAAGAACAGGAGCAAGAGAUAUAUGACAAAGCUAUUUUAGUGGCUCUUUAAUGUAUAAGGAGGCAAACACCCGAAACUCUGAAAACCCUGAAAUUGAGAGGCAAAAUAAACUUAGAGUCAAGAAAGAAAUGCCAUUUCUGCAGAUCAGAAUACAAACACCAACCACAGCUGUAAAAAAGAAAAGAAUAUAUGUAACGAAGUAAGGGAAAUUAUAUAAACAAAGGAUCAUUGGAGGUACUGAUGAGUUCAUUUAAUUCAAUGAAAAUAGUGAUGUAUUAGGUAGAUCUCUUAAUUUUAUUACUAGUAUUCUACUAAAUGUGGUAGUAUAAAGUCAAAAAGCAUUCCGAAGUUUCUCAAGACCCUUAUAAUUCCAUGACUUUUUUCAGGUCAGUCAAUAUUUGUUGAAUGAUAGGUCUGUGGAAGGAAAGCACACUCUUUAGGGUCAUAGUUAUUAACUAUUAAACCAUUGAAACUAUUAUUUUAUAUUUGUGUUAAUGAGAGUCAAAAUUAUUCUGCAUUCAUCUCAAAUCUAUUCUGAAAAAUACAGGUUUUUUUAAAAACUACUCUUGACAUUGUAGCUAUUGUGAGAAAAUAUUUUGAAAUAUAAUUAUUUAAAAGCAAUACAGGACACCCUGGAUGAUGGUAAUGACUAGGGCAAUGGUUGCAUUCCAGUACUUAAGUAUGAAAUAAGGAAUUAUUGCUUUCCAGGUGAAUAUAGGCUAGAAUUGAAGACAAAAAAAUUUGUUGCUUAUCUUCAGUACUUCCAGCUUCAUAGAUAAUUGCUCUUAAAAGGAACAAGAAUGACUGCCUCUGGAUGGAGGAAUUGGAUAGCAAUGGGCCGUGGGAUAGGAGACCUAUAAACCUUCAUGCUAUAUUCUUUUGUGCCUUUUUAAAUUUUGAAGAAAAAAUAUUCAUUUAUUCAAGAUAUAUGUAAAUUCAGUAACUAAAAAGAUAUAGUUAUGACCACGUGGAAAUAUAUUUCCUGAUGUAAAAGGAAUCACUGAGGAAAAAGAUUAAAAUAUUUUGGCUGUCAACUCGUAGUUAAAAAAAAAUUUCUUGAAAGAGAUAAAGUCAAGCUGCAGUCCCACACGGAGCCUCUGGGCGCCGCCGUCGGCCAGUGCAGAGCAAGCGCUGACGCCGCGGAUCCCUCAGCUUCUAGCCUAGGAUUCCCUGCGCAGCCAACAGCAGAAAGAAGAAAACCACCUCCCACAGAGAGCCUCCCGGCUGCGCAGACCUUGCCCAGCACACCGGAUUCCCAACUCCGAGACCCGGGACUCCCCCUGUCCUGGGCCGAACGCUCUUUUAGCGCGGUAGAGUGCACUUUCUCCAACUGGAAAAGCGGGGACCCAGCGAGAACCCGAGCGAACGAUGGGAGGGAGCUGGGCGCAGAGGCGCCGGGCCGGCCGGCGGCAGGUACUAUUUCCUUUGCUGCUGCCUUUGUUCUACCCCACGCUGUGUGAGCCUAUCCGCUACUCGAUUCCGGAGGAGCUGGCCAAGGGGUCGGUGGUGGGGAACCUCGCUAAGGAUCUAGGGCUCAGUGUCCUGGAUGUGUCGGCUCGCAAGCUGCGAGUUAGCGCGGAGAAACUGCACUUCAGCGUAGACGCGGAGAGCGGGGACUUACUUGUGAAGGACCGAAUAGACCGUGAGCAAAUAUGCAAAGAGAGAAGAAGAUGUGAGUUGCAAUUGGAAGCUGUGGUGGAAAAUCCUUUAAAUAUUUUUCAUAUCAUUGUGGUGAUUGAGGAUGUUAAUGACCACGCCCCUCAAUUCCAGAAAGAUGAAAUAAACUUAGAAAUCAGUGAAUCCGUCAGCCCGGGGAUGGGAACAAUUCUUGAGUCUGCAGAAGAUCCUGAUAUUAGUAUGAAUUCGCUGAGCAAAUACCAACUAAGUCCUAACGAGUAUUUCUCAUUGGUGGAGAAAGACAAUCCUGAUGGUGGCAAAUAUCCAGAAUUAGUAUUGCAGAAGACUCUGGACCGAGAAACGCAGAGCACUCACCACUUGGUACUGACCGCCUUAGAUGGUGGGGACCCUCCCCGAAGCGGUACUGCUCAGAUAAGAAUCCUGGUAAUAGAUGCCAAUGACAACCCCCCAGUGUUCAGCCAGGACGUGUACAGGGUCAGCCUUCGGGAAGACGUGCCUCCAGGCACCUCCAUCCUGAGAGUGAAGGCCACUGACCAGGACGAGGGCAUCAACUCAGAGAUCACUUAUUCCUUCUCUGGUGUGGCUGACAAAGCUCAGCACAUGUUCUCUCUGGAUUACACUACAGGAAACAUUCUAACUCAGCAGCCUUUGGAUUUUGAAGAAGUAGAAAGAUAUACGAUGAACAUAGAAGCAAAAGACCGAGGAUCUCUCUCAACACGGUGUAAAGUAAUUAUAGAAGUUCUAGACGAAAACGACAACAGCCCAGAAAUAAUCAUCACGUCACUCUCUGAUCAUAUUAUGGAGGAUUCCCCUCCAGGAGUGGUUGUUGCCCUCUUUAAAACACGGGACCGAGACUCAGGGGAAAAUGGGGAAGUCAGGUGUAGUUUAAGUAGAGGUGUUCCAUUUAAGAUUCAUUCUUCUUCUAAUAAUUACUACAAGCUAGUAACAGAUGAGGCCCUGGAUCGGGAGCAGACCCCAGAGUACAACGUCACCAUCGCAGCCACCGACAGGGGCAAGCCUCCACUAUCCUCCAGCAAAACCAUCACCCUGCACAUUACUGACGUCAAUGACAACGCACCGGUUUUCGGACAGUCAGCCUACCUGGUCCACGUGCCAGAAAACAACCAGCCGGGUGCCUCCAUAGCGCAAGUCAGUGCCUCUGACCCAGACUUCGGGCCCAACGGCCGUGUUUCCUACUCUCUCAUUGCCAGCGACCUGGAGUCACCAACGCUGUCCUCCUACGUGUCCGUGAGCGCGCAGAGCGGGGUGGUGUUCGCGCAGCGCGCCUUCGACCACGAGCAGCUGCGCGCCUUCGAGCUCACGCUGCAGGCCCGCGACCAGGGCUCGCCCGUGCUCAGCGCCAAUGUGAGCCUGCGCGUGUUGGUGGGCGACCGUAACGACAACGCACCGCGGGUGCUGUACCCUGCACUGGGUCCCGACGGCUCCGCGCUCUUCGACACAGUGCCGCGGGCCGCGCAGCCAGGCUACCUGGUGACCAAGGUGGUGGCCGUGGACGCCGACUCGGGGCACAAUGCCUGGCUGUCCUACCACGUGGUGCAGGCCAGUGAGCCCGGGCUCUUCAGCCUGGGGCUGCGAACAGGCGAGGUGCGCAUGGUGCGUGCUUUGGGUGACAAGGACUCGGUCCGCCAGCGUCUGCUAGUCGCUGUAAGAGAUGGAGGACAGCCACCCCUUUCAGCCACUGCCACGCUGCACCUGGUGUUCGCAGAUAGCUUGCAAGAGGUACUGCCGGAUUUCAGCGACCGUCCCACACCCUCUGACUCCCAGGCUGAGAUGCAGUUUUACCUGGUGGUGGCCUUGGCCUUGAUUUCUGUGCUCUUUCUCCUCGCAGUGAUUCUAACUAUUGCUCUACACCUACGACAGUCUUUCAGCCCUACUGCAGGGGGCUGCUUUGAGUCAGUUCUCUGCUCCAAGUCCGGACCUAUGGGUCCCCCCAACUACGGUGAGGGAACGUUGCCCUAUGCCUAUAAUUUUUGUGUGCCUGGGGAUCAAAUGAAUCCAGAAUUUAAUUUUUUCACAUCUGUUGAUCAUUGUCCAGCCACACAAGAUAACCUCAACAAAGAUAGCAUGCUACUGGCUAGCAUUUUAACUCCCAGCGUUGAAGCAGAUAAGAAGAUUCUUAAACAGGUAAGUAUUUAAAAAUGUAUUUAAUCCUUUUUAUAUUACACUAUGACAAUAUAUUCCAAUAUAGUGGUAUUAUUUUAAGAUUCUAGAUAACCUCUUCAUAGAGUUCCCAAAA